AUGCUGUUUGGGGAGAGCACCAGUGGUUCAUCAGCCGUCACAUUGCUCAAUCAGGCUGCAGAAAGUGGCGUCAACUUCUUCGACACUGCAGAGAUGUAUCCAGUGCCCCAGCGUCUUGAGACGCAGGGCAAGUCUGAGGAAAUUCUGGGGAGCUGGAUGCGCACCAAACGCAGGGAGGAACUCAUCAUCGCCACAAAGGUGACGGGCCCAUCGGGGCAAAUGACUUGGAUCCGCAAUGGGCCUACUGCUCUGGACGCCCCAGCCAUCACAGCAGCCAUUGACGGCAGCCUGCAAAGACUCAACACUGAUUACAUCGACCUCUACCAGCUGCACUGGCCAGACAGGUACGUGCCAAUGUUUGGGGAGACGCGGUACCAUCCAGAGAUUGCAUACAGCUCGGUACCACUGGAAGAGCAGCUAGAGGCGCUGGCCGCAGCGCAGAGGGCCGGCAAGAUUCGCCACAUUGGGCUAAGCAACGAGACCCCUUGGGGGCUCAUGGAAUUCUGCAGGCUAGCGAAGGCCCGAGAUGACUUGCCAAGAGUAGCAUCCCUGCAGAAUGCGUACAGCUUGCUGUGCCGGACAUUUGAGGGCGCGCUUGCCGAGUGCUGCCAUCAGGAGCGGGUGUUUCUGCUGGCUUACAGCCCCUUGGCUAUGGGGUUGCUCACAGGCAAGUACAUCGGCGGCGGCUCCGAGGGUGCGCGAUUGAACAAGUACAAGGGGCGUUAUGCGGAGGCUGAGUCCCGCUAUGGUCCCAAGCCCAACACUGCCGCAGCGGUGGAGGCAUAUGUGGCCUUGGCACAUGCUGCCGCCAUCUCUCCCACUGAGUUGGCCAUCCGGUUUGUACUGUCGAACACCCUGGUCGCGAGCGCCAUAGUGGGAGCAACCAGCUCGCAACAGCUGCAGGAGCUUUUGGACGCAGCUGAGAAGGGGCCGUUGAGUGAAGACCUCCUGGCUGCUGUCGAUGAUAUUCACCAGCGUUUCCCAAACCCAAACCCCUGA